GAUUCGUGCCAGAAACGUCACGAAAUUACCUGCUCUCGCAAUCGAUUGCUUUACUUCGGCAAUGGGUUUGCGGCUGAUUUUGUUAUUACCCGUGGCGUGUUUAUGAAACUGGGUCUGGUUCAUCAAUACUUCACUUAAGAGAAGGUCGCUUUGUUUGCAAGAGAAAGCGAUGGCUUCGUCAGAGGAGCAGUCCAGCAUUCUAGAAGGGGAGCUGACCUGCCCCGUCUGCCUCGAUCUCUUCAAGGACCCACACCUGCUCCCUUGCGGUCACAACUUCUGCCUCGUGUGCGUGCGCCGCCUCAAACGCCAGUCCGAACGAGGCCGCUUCCGUUGCCCCGAGUGCCGCGAGAGCCACCGCUGCAGCUCGGAGCCGCUCAAGAACUUCAAGCUGGCCAACAUAGCGGACAGCUUACGCUGCAAGGCGCGGACAGCGGCCAGGCCCCCGGCCCCGCCGGGCGCACAGGCCCAGUUCCCAGCCAGGACCCCUGCCUCUGUCCCCUGUGACUACUGCCCUGCCUGGGGGAGCGAGGCGGCGGGGAAGGGUGCAGAGGCGGCAGCGCCGGAGCCCGGGUGUGAGGGUGGGGUGGAGACGAAGCCGUCGGUGUCGACGGGGUCGAUGGCGGUGAAAACGUGUCUGAAGUGCGAGGUGUCCAUGUGCCAGGAACAUGUCAGGCCUCACCUGGAGCUGCCGGCGUUCAGGGCACACCUGCUGACCGAACCUCUGGCAGACCUGAGGAACAGGAAGUGUAUGGAACACGACGAGAUGUUCAGGUACUACUGCAUGGACGACAAGGUGUGUGUGUGUAACGCCUGCACUAUAGAAGGGCACCACUCAGGACACACCAUCAAGACCUUGAAGAACACCAUGAAAGACCUCAAGGGGUCUUUGGAGCGCCAGCUCCACAAGGUAGAGAGGAAGUUGAGUAAGGCAGAAAGAACCUUCCAGGAGAUUCAGGACGAGGAGAGAAACAACAAGAAGUUCCAGGAGGACUCGGAGGAGCGGGUGACCGCGCUGGGGGAGGUGCUGAGCGAGAGGCUGGGCACCUUCCUGGCCUCCCUGAGGGAGUGCUCUCGCUCCCACUGCUCCGCCGCCACGCCUAGCGUCCAGGGGAACCAGGCCAGGGUGGGCCAGGACCAGGUCAGGCUGCAGGAGCUGCGCUGCAGCAUCGAGGGCCUGCUGGAGGAGAAGGACCCCUUCCGCUUCCUGGAGGGCCACAAGGCUUCUAGUAAACGUCACAGAAGUCAGAUGAAGAAGCCCCUGUUCGUACCUAACUAUGCCAGGUUGGAUAUGGACACUCUGGGUAACAACCUGGAAGACAAGCUGAAGGACUUCUUGUGUGAAGUACGCACCCACGUCAACGAUGCCAUCGACAGCCUCUGUCCAGUUGCAGAAGGUGAAGGGGAGGAAGAUGAACUUGAGGAUGAAGAGGAGGAGGAGGAGGAGGAUGAGGAUGAGGAUGAUCAAGGGGAGGAGAUGCCGAGCGAGGGAGAAGAGGAGGAAGAGGAGGAGGGACACGACCAAACGGAGUCUGCAGAUGAGCUCUUCAGCCCAGAAGAGGAAGAUGAGGAGGAGGAGGAGGACGAGGAGGAUGAGGAAGAUUUCGAGGAGGAAGAGGGCAUUUAAUCAUUGCGACUGUGACAUCACCAGGCCUGCGUCGACUGUGACAUCAGCACGGUCGACGGGGAGAAGUGACGUCAUUUCCGACGUUUAGCGGGUCGACGCCGACCAGGCCGGUCACAGCCCCUCCUGUUGGGAGGCCUGGUCACAUGACGACCACGGUGAUCAUUGUUAGUGAGUCCUAGUGCUGGUCCCAGUCCUGCCUUUUAAACAGGGCCUGACAGGAAGCACAUAGACACAUGAGCGCCCACUGAAGUCUCGAUUCCCACUGCUGCUCUCUACCGCGUACACUGUCGUUCUUUAAGCUGUUGUUCGCAAGCAUUCAUAAGACUUAACGAAGAACUUUUGUGAGGAUGACAUUGGCAACUUUCACUAGAGGCGGGAAUCCUCGGUUAGUUCUUGAUGGUUGGUGUGUUGUAAGUGUGACACUGGCAGGCACUGGGUGAAGCUGUCGUGAUUGUCGCAUCCCUGAAACGAGGUGGCCUGCUUCGUUAGGACGGUGCGAGGAGCAGUUCUGUUGGGUAGCACUUCCUGUUCCUUGCUGAAUUCAUACCAAAGUGGUCAAGAUGUUUUCAACUGUUUGUGUUCCGCUUGAAAUUGUCCGCUUGCCUCACAAAAAGCAGUUCAGUGGCUUAUAAUGUUAUAAUCUUUAUAUUCAAAAUAAUAUGCAUAGACUGCUUUUUAUAAAUGUGCAGAUUGUGUAAGUACAUCAAUGUUGACCUGAUUGCAAAUAGCUUUUUUGUGUCUUGAAAAGUGGGGGUGAAUUUAUUUUGCACUUUUAUAUUCAAUUGUACCUAACAUUUUGCAAAUGUGAAUUAAAAUGGCUUGGAUUUCGA